AUGACAGAACGUUGGAGUUCACCUAGGAAUUUUAAGGCGAUAUGGCCCUACACAAACACAAGCAUCUAUCCUUGUAAUACUCCCAGCCGGGCUUAUUUAACUCGCCGUCCUGAGGCUGAGGCUCGGGAUCUUGACGAGAACACCUGCAUCAUCACCAGGAUGCCACUAGUUAUCCUGUCAAGGACGAAUUCUUGCAAGCUAAGAAUAUAUUCGACUUCUCCAUAUCGACCAUCUCAUCGUGUCUCUUUUUUCACAGACGUUGAUGAAGUCAACGAAGUUAGCCACGUGACAUCCCGCCGCCAAACAAACAGCUCUGUGAAGGUUCGAUAUGAGAACGAAACAUCAAUCAACAAUACGACAGAAAGAAGACAAGAGUCGAAUUCAAUCAUGACUUCGGAUUCGAAAAUGGGCAAAACUGCCCUUCUCAAGGCUAUCUAUCAAGCUCCCCGCACCUCACAGGAAACGACAGAACCGCCUGCGCGCGUCUUCACAAAGCAGCUCUCGGCCGCUAUCCCCCCAUCAGACGAACAUAGCCCUGCAGGACGGACAGCUUACUUAGCAGAGUUGCGAGGUUCAAUAGUAUCUCUGCAAGCCGAUGUUAACACCUUUCUUACGGAAAAAAUGGAGGAAGACAAACUACGUGACAUACAGCAAGGAGGCGCCACAACAGAUGAUAAAACAGAGGAAGAUAACUAUGGCGAAGAAGUUGUUAAUGAUGAUGAAUGA